AUGUAUUCGCAAAUACAACAUUUACAUUCCCUCGAAUACAGAAGGGAAAACAAGGCAAACGCCUCGAGACUAUUAGAAAAGGAAUUAGGAAUUGAUAUUCUACCAUGUGGCUUCUUCAUCAAUGCCGUUGUGCCUUACUUAGAUGCAACUCCUGACGGCCUCGUUGACGAUGAUACUAUCGUCGAAGUGAAAUGUCCUAAAUCGGCGAAGGAUUCAUCGCCUGCUGAAGCAAUACAGCAGUUACCUGCGAUACGGCGUAUCUUUCGAGGUGAUGAAAUAAAUAAAAGUCAUCACUACUAUUAUCAAGUGCAAGGACAGUUGCACAUAAUGAAUAGUCAAAGUGCCUUAUUCUGUUUAUGGACGCAGAAAAGAAUGAAAAUUAUAAACGUACCAAGAGAUGAUACAUUCUGGGCAACAGAGAUGGAAGACAUAUUGAAAAAGUUCUAUGAGGAUUGUAUGUUGCCAGAAAUUAUAGAUAGUAGAUUCAAUUGA